AUGGGAAGCAGGGACGAGGAGGACCCCCCGCUCCCUCCCCUCCGGAGACGGGUUCUGCGAAGUAGCGGCACGGCGAGGGCGAACGCCCUUGCAGGAGAGCAGUCCAACAGUGUCGCCGCAGACGCGGGUAGUAGUAGACGGGCUGUGGACGAGGGCGGCGCCUUCGGGGGGGCCGCGGAUGUAGAGGGGGGCGAUAGUCGAGCUGAAGGCAGUCGACAAGGAGCUGGAGGCGUCGGCGGUAGUGGCGACGACCGUGGUGGCGCAAUCGGCGCGACCGCGGCACCUGGCGAAGAAGAGGAGCUCUUGAAUCCGGCACAGUCGUCGACCGCGGAUGCGGCGGCUCCGGCGAGGGAGCAAGCCGUUGCGGCGGCCGUCCCAAGGGCUAGAGCUACCGUCACCGAUACCGUGCUGCAGCAAUCGCGCCGUUUGCGGGGAGAAGCGGCUGCUAAGGAAGAGGCCGAGCGGCAGAGGCAGGAGCAGCAGCGGCGGCAAGGGGGCGGGGCGCGGGGUGGCAGCGGGGAUCGGCACCGACAAACGCUGGCGUUCAUGGUCAGGCAGCGGAAGCAAGCUGCCAUGGAGAAGCGGAGGGCACAGCAGGAGAAGAUUGAGAGUGCCGAGAACCUGAGGCGUGCUUUAGAGGCACCGCCUCCUCGGCCAGGGUGGGUGAGCGUCGUCGACGUCAAGUCGAGGCCGGGGUCGCCGGCAAGGAUGGAGUAUCAGCCGAGAAGAGCGGCGACGCAGGGGCUCCGCAGAGGUCCGAGGGGCAAAGAGAACCGAGGAGGGGGUGGGGACGCCGGCGGCGGAGGCGAGAGGCGAGGGGUGAGAAGGCGGGAGCCUCCUCCUCCCCCGUCUUCCAGAGCAGCACCACGGCCGCGCUCUACCAGCAAGCCCAGGAGAAAAGCUGGCGAGGAUGAUGCCCGAAGGCGAGGCAAGAGCCCGCCUCCUAGGGCUAUCGGCGCUGCUGCUCUGGGGGUCACCGAUCCGCGCAGCAGAAGCAGGCGCAAGGGUACCGACGUUGUUGCCGCCAACAACCGCCCGGGCGGCGGGCGCGGCGGCGGCGGGGGCAUCAACAAGGGUGCGCGCUCUGGCCGGGUGGUCAGCAAAAGCAGCGGCAGCGACGGGGGCGGCGGCAACCGCUCGCGGCCUUUCGGCAGCCACCCCCCCGCGUACGGCGAGGCCCAGGUGGCUCUGCGGCGUGAUGCUAACGGACCUGCUGCAACGGCGCGGCGGCAGUGGCGGCCAGCCGAUGGUUGGGAGAAUGUCGGCGGUGGUGGUGGUGGCGACGAUGUCGAUGGAGGGUUUAGGCCGGAUAGGCCGGAGCGUGAGGAUGGAGGGGGGUAUGGGGCGACGGUUGCAGAAGUGGAGGUACCGAGGAAGGAGGUUCGUCGAAGCGAUCGAAGUCUGCAGGAUGAGGCGGAAGAACUAUUACUCGGAGAGCCGUACUCCAGGCCAGUGCUGCUGGACACGGGCUCGGAGGCGGAGCCCGAGCUCAGGCAGGAGGAGAGGGAAGGCGGCUCCGGGGGAGGGGCAAGGGUGGUUGAUGAAGAUGACGAAGAAGAAGACUCGCUCGACGAGAGGCUCCCGUUCAUGCUGGCGUCGCUGGAGAGGGUGGCGUUGACUGUGCACGACUUGCAGGGACGUUGUGCCCGCCUUUCCCGAGUUCUGGAUGAGCCAAGACCGACCCCGCCGCCGAUUCGACCGUCAGAGCCGCCCCAGGUCGUUCCCGUCCCGGCUACCGCUGUAGCUGCUGCGGCUGGUGGCGGCCUGGACGGUGACCGCCCGAAGAUGUCGACCGCUCGUAGGCAGCUCUCGGUUUUUUCAGAGGGAGCACAAGCGGAGGCGGCGGAACAACAUCGCCGACAAUCACAGCAGGCGUGCGUUCCGCAGCAGCAGCUGCGGUUGGACACGGGCCGGGCGAGGAUUCCCGACCAAAGACCGGCGAUCACGGUGCCGACGCCGGUGGUGCUACCGCCGAGGCAGGCCCCGCCGCUCCUAGGGCCGACCACUUCUCCUCCCCGCCGCCACAGUCAACUCGACCCCGGCCCCGAAAGACCUCCCUAUUUCUCAGCCGCGGAGCCCCCCGCCGCUUCGCCCGCAGCCGGCACGGCGGCGGAGUCGGGUUCGGCGGCGCGGGGGGAUACAGUUGCCGAGCGGAGGACCGCCGGCAGCGGUAAUGCUUGGCCCGUUUCUGUCCAGCCGAGGAAUUCUCGGGCCUCGCCGACUCCUCUGGACGGGGCUUCGCCAACGGCGUUUAGGAUAUCUCCUCUUCCGCCCGAUGCUGCCGGGCCGUCAGCCCAAGAGGACCUCCCGGCGGAGAUGCCUGCGGUGGAAGCGGCGUGGGGCUCCCCGGUCGAGUUCGAAGAGGACGGGCUGGGGUUGAGGAGGCCUCGCGACAGCGUUAGCGGCGACAGCAGCAGCAGGCACGGCGAUGGCGGAGGAAGGCCUUGGACGCCGGUCGCCGGCAGCUGGAUCACCGAGGUCCUCAGGAAGCUCCGCGAGCCUUCCGGCGCAGGGGAACGGGAGGCAGAACGGGCGUCGUCGUCGGCCGCACGCGGUGCUCGUCCAGACGAUGGUCGGGUUGACGCGACGGCGGCGGUUGCAGCGGCAGCGGCGGAGGAGUACCGGCGGUCGGGUUUCGCGUCGAGGCGUCCGGGUGACGUCUUGUCGGAGGCGGAGGGUGGUGACGGCGACGGCCUCCCCGCCUGGAUGCCCCGUGCUGCCGGCGGUGGUAGUCGCGGAGGCGGCCGUGCUCGGCAGUCGUCGUGGAGGUCGUCGGACAAUGCGAGAGGCGAAGACGGCAGCAGCACCAGCAGCGGCAGCGGCAACGGCGGCGGAGAGGAGGGCGGGAGGAAACGAGCCGCCGGAGGAUUCUCGCUGGUAUCGCUCGUGGCGGGAGACAUCGUCCGGGCGCAGCGGGAGGCGGCGACACGACGGCGCCAGGAGGAGGAAGAAGCGGCGUCUGCGGCAGCCGCCGCCGCUGCAGCAGCGGCUGCAAGAGCGCGAGAGCUGCACCAGCACCAGCAGGACGCCCUGCUGACCGCAUCGGAAGACGCCGCCGUGGCGGACGCCGUUAGGUCCGCGGCAAGGGUUGUGGCUGCCGAAGAAUCUUCCCGCAUUGACAGCCUUUCGCAGGAGGCGGCUACGAGGACGGGUCCGGCGGCCGCCGGGGUGGAUGUCGGGGAAGAUGCCGCCGCGGCUGCAGGGCGGACGACGGCCGCCGAUCGGUCCCCUUCCGAGUCCCCGAGGACCGACUCGCGCCAGGAGCUGAAGAAGAACCUGUGGGACUCCCUUCUGCAGAGGGGGCCGGCGCUAGCCCCCUCGCGCCGACAGGAGCUCCUGGAGUCAUCUCGUGUCGCGUCCGACGGCGGUUUUGUUGGUGGCGGCGGAGACAUGCGAGAGGCGGCGGAAUCUCUCCCGUCUCAGGCCGCCGCAGAUGAGCCGGGUACCGAUGGAGGGGAGGAGGACGGGAGGAGGAGGAGGAGGAGGCUCGCGCCCGCAGAGCUCCAGGCGCAGCUGUUGAACGAGCUCCGACUGCACGACGACCUACAGGACGCCGAGCUUCAGGCGGACGCCCUCCUGGCCGCGCAGAGGGUGGAGGAAGCCCGACGGGAGGCGCGUGUCGCCGGGUUGCUGCUGCGCAGGGAAAGGAACUCCAAGGCACAGGCACAGGCGGACACCCUGCUCCAGCAACAAGACGUCUUCGAAGCGGCCUUGGCUCAGAACGACGCUACCCACGAGGCUCGGCUCCGGCGGCUCAAACAGGAGGCCGGGGAGCGGGCCGCGCGCCAGGCGGAGGCGGCGACGGUGGCGAUAGCGGCGACUUCCGCGGCGGCGCUCGGGGCGCACGGGCGGCAGGCGGGGGCAGCGGUGGCGGCGGUGGCGGCGGCUGGGGCACGCGCGCAGACCCAGCAGGCCACUGCGAUGGCGGCUCAGGCAGCCAUGUUCUUGGAGUUCCAGGAGCGUGCAGUGGAGCGGGGUAGGGCGAUGGCCCGCCGCGGGGCGCGAGGCGGCAUGAGGGAAGAGGCAGAGAGGGAGAGGGAGAGGCUAUCCUCCGACGGCGGCGGCAGUCUUGGGGAAGAGGGAAGCGAGGGGGAGGGGAGACGACGCAUGCACAGCGGGUCCGAGGAGGGCAUGCAACAAGGAGGCAGGGCGAGGACGGAUUUCGAUAGCCUGCUCGAGCACUCCCCCGUGCACAACGGCCGCAGCAUCCUCCACCAAGUACCAUCUGCUCCCGCGGCAGUUGCGGCGGGGGCAGCGGCGGCAGCGGCGACGGAACCGCACCAGCAGACGCCGGAGUUCUGGCCGUCGGAAGAGCCCCUUUCGCCCGAGCUGAGAGAGCGCAAGUCGUCGGCGGCGGCGAGAGGAUUUUCGAGGUCCGACCAACCGCGUCAGCAGGUCUCGAGGAACGGUUCAAGGAACGGUUCCAGGGCAAGCGGACGGCUUUCUUGCUCUGUAGGCGGUGGCGGCGGCGGCGGCGGCGGGAGCGGAGGGGAAUUCUCCCCCGGCACGCACAUGAGACUUUCGCACGACGGGUUCAACAGCUUUGCCGCGGGCGUUCGUCGGCAGCAACACGGUGGCUCAGCGGGGGGUGCGGCGGCGGCGGGUAGGGCCAACAGCAGCGCUAGCUUGGGAGGCAGCGGUGGUGCCGCUCGAAGUGCUUCUUCUUCUUCGGCUGUCCUGGGAGACGGCGGCAUGGUCGGCGCGCACGACCUCGACGCCUUGCUGGACUACCGCAUGGCGGCGCUGAGGGACUCGGCCAGGCGGCAGCAGCGGUUGUCGUCCUCGCCGUUGGAGCCGCUGCGGCGGAGCGGCCCUCUCGCUGGAGCGGGCCGUGGGGCCGCCGCAGGAAGCGGCGGCGGCGGCGGCGGCACGCAGGGCGCAGCGUCCGUCGAGUACGCCGCGGUUCGCCGGGAGAUUGAGCUGGAGCGGGAGGCGAUGUCGCGGCGCACGCAAGAGCAGCUGCGGGAGCUAGAGGGCGAAGAAGAGCUCGACGACGGCGACGAUGAUGAUGAGCGUUACACUUCGUUCGAGUCCAGCGGCGACGAAGACGGUGAUGAUGAUCGCUACCACCGCCGUAGCAGGAGCACCAAGCAGGACGAGGACUCCCGCCGGUAUGGUCGUGCGGAGGAGGCGGCCCAGGACGGAGACGAAACUGUCGGCGGAGCGGCGUCUCUACCGGACGACGACGAGGAGGUGGCUGAUAAGGCCUUGCCGCAGGAGGAUGACUACCGAGGAGUCGGGGGACCCGCAGAAGACGUUCGAGAAGGUUCCCUCCACCUGGACGAGUCCCUGGCGCUGGAGCUGCAGGAGAGCGUCGUGCCGCUCGCUGCCGCAGGACGCCCGAGCCAGGCGACGGAGAGGGUAGCCGGAACCGGCAGUGCGACCGGUGGCGCGCCAAGGGACGGAGAGGAGUGGCCAGACCAAGGCGACGCCGACACUGUCCCCGACGAUAUCUCCGCGGCUUCUAGCGCCUUUUCGUCCGCGGCCGAAGCGGUGCCCGACGAAGCUUCAGAGGGCUCCCCGGUUGGGGAGGGGAGGUUGGGGUCUGACAAUAUCGGCGCUGCGGAGCAGCAGAAAGAGCACCGCUUGGUGGACGUGCCGGAGGAGGUGGCGAGCAGCGGGGAUGCCGAAGAGGCUGCCGGCGAAAUCCUGGACGAAAUUUCCGCUGGUAGGGGAGGAACCCAAAGUGACGAAUUGGAGGAGGAGGCUUACGACAGCGUUUCUUUCGAGGAGGAUGCGGCCGAAGACUCCGACGGUCACAGCGCAGCAGCAGAUUCCGAGGCCGAGGAAAUAGCUGAUGCGCGGUCCGAUGCUAGCCCCGCAGCACGGCGGCACUCUCAAGACUUUGAGGCAUCGCCGCCGUCCCCCCUGCCUCCCGCAGCGGCAGAAACCGCGCCGGCGCCGCUCGACGACGACGGAGCUUCGGCGGGCCUGCUUUCGCCGCCGGUCCUGCACGGGGAGGAUGUCGAGAGCGGUGGCCGGAGCGACCGUCGCCCGGCACCAGGAGGCUUGCGGCCGGGGUCGGCCGGGUCGCUCGGGUCGAUGGAGGCGGUGGUGGCUCGGCGUCGAGACACGGUGCAGCAAGUAAGGGGCAAGCUGGAAGGCCUGCGGGAGUCGAGAGACCGGGUUCGGGCGAAACGGGCGCUGGUGCAGCAGCUGGGAAUCCUGGAGGCCGAAGAGGCGAGUCUGCUAGAGCAGCUGCCGCUGGAAGAGCAGGCCCUCGCGAAAGAGGAGAGCGAGCUCCAGCAGGUCAUGGCGCGCGAACACCGCGAUACCGAGGCAGCUCCGUCUCCCGCCACCGCUACCGCCGCCGCCUCCACCGACGGGGCAGACCUUGCCCUUGAGGUCGCGGGGGGGAUCGAGAGAGCGGCAGGAGAAGGGGGUCGCGACCACCACCAGCCUUCGCCCUCGCCACCGCCGUGGGGGGUGGAGAAGCUGUGGAGCGACACGGACAGCGACCGCGGAGGCGUCGCCAACGGCGAGGAGGACGGGUACGGCGACGGCGGCGGUGUGGAAGAGUUCAAGUUCUCGGCACCACCGACGGCGACGACGACAACGACGAUGGCCCCCGAGGCGGUACCGGAGGAGGAGAUGCUGGGAGCGGGAGCGGGGCUCAGGGCUGACGCGCCACCGCCGGCGGCAGCUAUGGCGGCGGUGGAUAUUGAACCCGAUCUCUUGGCGGACGAAGGGUACGUGGACGUCGAGCCUGCGCAACCCCCGGCCCUGGCGGACUGGAUAGCUCUUGGAGCGGCGGAGGCGGCGCGCGAUGACCUCGCUGCCGCCGCCGCCUUUGGAGAGCUGCCCGGCCGGCUGGAAGGUCGACAGGACGGAGCUCCCGAGACACCGCCGCCGCCGUCAGCAGUCGCAUCAGUAGCGGCCGCGGAAGCAGAAGCUAGGCCGAACCUCGACGAGGACUCUUUCUGCAGCAGCAGCGGUGGCGGCGGCGCGGAGGAGGGGGGAGGCUACAGUGACGCCGACAGCGAGGCGAGGCUGACGGCGCUGGUGGCUAGGGUGGCCGUCCGCGGCGAGGAGUCUCGCGCGGCCUUGAUAGUCCAGGCCCUGGUGCGGGGAAGGGCAGCGAGGCGGCUUGCUGCCGCCAACAGGGGCCGCGAGUGCGCUCGGGAGGAGGCGGCAGCCGCGGCGGCGGCGCAGACUGCGGCGAUUGCGCCCCCUUCCCCUGCCACCGCCGCUGGGUCUGCGGGCGAGGUGGAAGGCGGGAUCUCCGAGGGGGCUGCGGUGUCGUGGAUGGCCUGGAAGGAGAGAGGAGAGGCGGUGUCGGACUCGUUCGGCAGCUCAGAUUCGGAGAGGGGCCAGACGUCGGCGAUGCUGACGGAGAGAAACGCGAGAGAGAUAACGGCGUACGAGCACGAGCACGCGCGUCUGUCGGAAAUCGCGAAAGAAGAGGAAGAGGCCGCGGUCACAGCGGGGGUGGCGGCCUUGACCAACACCCAAGACCCCCAAGAACCGGUGCGUUCUCCUGGGACCCGGGAAGGGCGGGAAGCGGAGCCGACCCAGGGUCCUUCUGUUCAAGUGGAAUCCCGUGAGGAGGGCGGUGAUGAUGGUGAUGGUUCGAGCCCGUCGAUAGCGGAGGAGAUUCUGGAAGAGAGUGCCCCAGAGGAGGUUGAGGACGCACCGGCGGAGGGUGAGCUUGACGCGCUUCCUCCGUUGGCGACUAUUUCUACCCUAGCCGGGUCGGCGGCGGACGGUGGUGGUGGUGACGUCACGACCAGACAAGGGGACAAGCUCGGAGCAAGCGCGACGGCGGCGAACGCUCGUGCCGGGAGCCCGGUUGACGCUUCGAUGCUGCGCGACUACGACCAUGUCGAGGAGGCGUUGCCGCCGGUGGAGGAGGAGAAGUGCGGGCAUGGCUCCGACAGUCUCGCCUACGGCUACGGGCUGGAAGCUUUCGGGUUCGAGGACGUGGAAGACGCUGUCGUCGUCGCUGCCGGUGCGGCGGGCCGGGAACGCAACAGUCUCGCCGCCGCAGCACGCGCCGAGGACGGUCUGUCGUCGAAAGUUGUUGCCGCGGUCGCCGCGCCCGUCGGCGAUGCUGAUGACUCAUUCAUCGCCGAGCGAGGCGACUCCGCCGAGCCGUCGUGUACCGACUUGAUGGUGCCCUUGGCGGGAGGGACCCCGGCCAAAGAGGGUUCGGUAGCCGCUACGGCGGCAACCGCGAGAGGCUCGAAUUUCCUGCAGCCUCCGCACGGCGGCAGCGGCGGCGUCGCCACCAGCAACUACGAUUCUUGCGCGGACGACGACGACGAUGCCUACAGUGAAUCCUUCGAGGAAGACCGCACAGACCUCGAGAAAGGCGACAAUGACGACCACGAAGCAGGAGGCGGGAGUCCGGUGGCGGAACACCCCGCUCCCGGUGACGGUGCCCACUACCACUACGACGGCGGUAUCGGGCGCGCAGGCCAUGAUGCUGCCGCGGAUGCCGGAAGCUCUUCGGGCGAGAGGACGGACGAGAGACCGGUGGUGUUAUCCUCCGUGUCUGAGGUGUGCUCCGAGGACUUGCUGGCGCAAGACGACUCGUCUCUAGUCGGGUCGUUUUCCAUCGGGCGGGACUACCUUGAGGAUGCGUUGCCCCCGGCCAGCGGAUCUCGGACGUCUGGCGGCGCUGCGGUUGCGGGCGGGGAGUUGUUGCCGUGGCAGGCCCUUGUCUUCGACGCGUCUCCGUCGAGUGAGCGGGACGGCGGGCUGGGUGCCGGCGCCGCCGCUGUAGCUGGGUACCCCGAGUCUUCCUCUCCGGGGAUGUGUGGCUAUGAUGACGAGGGGGGGGUUGGCGGUGGUGUCACCAGUGUCGCGGCCUCGGUGACGGACGGCGUGAGCGUUGACCGCGAGAAGGAGACAGCCGAGCUCCAGGAGCACCCUCAGGAGGCCGGCGACACCGCUGCUGCUGCUGCUGCUGAGGAGAAGUGCGAAGGGGUAGGGGCAAGCGGAGAGACCAAUGACGAUGGUGGCGACAACGGCGCGGCCCAGGGGCUGCUGUUGCCUUCUCCUUCUCCCGAGCCGGAAGUCUUGGGAGAGUAUAACGCUGGCUCUUUCCUGUGCCACUCGCCGGAUGGUGCUGUCGAGGUCCAGAGCGAUGACGGGACUGCGGCGGCGGUGGUCCGAAGCGGAAACCUCGAAGAGGGCGCGGGAAGUACACUUGUCGUGCCGGAGUCUGCGCUGGGAGGAGAGGUCGCGGUUGCGGUGGCUGCUGACGGUGGUCUUUCUGGCGUGGCUGACGCCGACGGUAACCACGGCCGGGUCGAAGAGCCCACGCUGGAGGCCGACGUCGCCGAACGGGUUUCCAGGAGCGACAGCGGCGUUCUUUCAGGCGGGCAGGCGACGUCGCUCGACGCCGGCUACACAUUCGUCGAGAAGGCUGAGCCCCCGGACGGUGGAGGAGAACUCGAAGAAGGGGGGGAUCGCGAGGAGCUGGGCGGCGAAGCGGAGGCCCUAGGCGCAGAGGUAGAUCAACCACGUGGAAGCCCCCCGCGGCUGUUGGUAUCGACUCCUCCUGACGUUGUAGAGCCGGGGCCCCUCUCCAUCGAUGGGGGUGAAGAAGGCGCUUCCGCUGGGCCGGAGAAUCGACAUGAGAAGCUCGGACUUGGCAGUAACGUAGAUGUCGUAGAUGUCGGAGAAAACGAGCCUAAAGAGGCGUUGGUCGGAGAUGUGCAGCUGCCCCCCGGUGCCAUCGGGGGUGGGAACGAAAGCGACAACAAGCAGCCCGGGGGGGCUUGGUCCGGAGGCUACGACUUCGAGGAGAAGGCCGUGGUUCCGUGGGACGAGGGAGAAGGUCUGCAGGGCGAGAAAGCGGAAGCUGUCGUUGUCGGAGAUGGUAGAGGCUUACCGCCGGACGUCCAAGAAGGCGACGAAGAGGACGACGCCAGCACGUGGUCGGGGCGUAAGUUCGACUUCGAAGAGGAUGCGGUCGUUGCCGCCGAGCCGUCGGCCCGGGGGGAAGCUCCGCCAGAUGAUGACGAUGGCGAUGAAGCCUGUCUGGCGAGGACCGACGCCCCUGCUGUCGCCGUGGAAGCAGAGGGCGAGCGUGGCGAUGUCGGAGAGGUUAACGUGUACCGUGCCUGGGCCGCUGGGGGUGGCGGUGCCGCUGGAGACGCCGUCGUCGAACAGGAGGCCGGUGAGCCGCAUGCUGAACAACCGCUGGCGGAAGAAGAGUCGUCGCGUCCUGAGGUCCCCUUCUCCGCGGUGGCGGCGCGAGCGGAGGAUGGCAUCGACUAUCUCGAGACUUUCGACCAUGUGGAAGAUGCCGUCAGACCGCCGGCUGUCGGCGAGGAGGAGCCGCCGCUGCUGCUACGGCCGCGGCCCUCCGAGGAUCAAGAGAUCUCUUCCGUUUCGAGCAUGUCUGACGAGGGUGAUCAACGCGGCCGCGAAGAAGAGGAAGAAGCCCUUCGGGCGGUCGUAGGGGUUGGUGGUGAUGGCGCUACCGCGGCCGUACUGGACAGCAGCCACGACAGUUUCGGGCGCGGUGGGGGUAGUGAUGGUGAUGCCGUGGAGGACCCGUCGCCAGUGCAUGAACUGCAGCAGCAGCAGCAGCAGCAAUCUUUGUCGGCUGAGAAACAGCCGGACGAAGUUGCAAGCGACGGUCCCAAGAUCCCCGCUAUCGGCGACGUUGCCACCGCCACUACCGCUGUUGCUGCCGUUGGUGUCGAUGCGGAGCACACCGUGGCUCCAGGGUCGUCUUUGCCGCCCGCCGAAGCUCAGGAAGAGGGGCGUGUACCUGAGGCGGAGAACGGCACUGUCGCUUGCGGAAGCAUUGCGGUGGGUUCAACAGGGGACGGAGACGGCGAUGACAGCGUUUCCGGCCUCCCGGCCUCCGGCCUCCUGGCCUCCGGCACCAAGCCCACCUCUGUUCCCCCCCUUGCCGCUGACGAUGGUGCUGUUGUUGUUGUCGCGCGCGAGGAAGCCGCGUACGGUACGGAGACGGCGGUAGAGGAAGCCAAAGCCACCGGCGUGGCUUCCACCGAUUCGAGUGGCGAGGAUGCGCCGCCGGCCUCUCUCUGGGGGCGUUCGCGAACAAGCGAGGACAAGGAGCGGCUAGUCGACGACAUCACGGACAAGCUGCUGGCGAGCCUCCUGAAGCGAGCGCUCGGUACCCCCGCCCCUCCCCCCCCAGGGGGCAGGGCGACCGCGCCAGAGAGAGAAGAAGAAGAGCAGCGCGACGGGCCACCGGCGGGUCACGCGACCGGCGACGCCCUGGUUGGCGGCGGGGCUAGCGGGGACGAGGGUAUCGGCAGUCGGCGGGGGCCCGCAAUGUGGGAAGAGCUAGGCACGUACGAGGACACGGACGAUGACGACGACGACGGUGAAGAGGAGGAAAGAGAUGAUGCGGGCACGAGGGAGGAUUGGGGCACCGCCGCGGUGACCGAGACCUACCGCAGCGAGGAGGGUAUGCUGAUGGUUGUGCGGGAUAACGGGAGCGACGACAGCGGCGGCAGCGGCGGCGGCGGCGGGGGCAACGACGCCGCCGCCCUCGGCGACUCCCCCGAACAAGAACGCAAGUACCAACAGCCUGAGCAGCGGCGCGAUGCGGAGGAAGAUGGAGAGCCGGGUGAAUCGGGACAGCCGUCACGAAGCGGCGAUGCUGGGAAUGACGGCGGCUCUGGUGCUGUCAGUGCCAGGUUGGGCGACGAGGAACAGGAUGAUGACGAUGACGAGUACUACUUCCCGCCUUUAACGCUCGCCCGACCGAAGAAGCCGUGGAUGGCUCUAGCGGCUCUAGCCGACAAUGACAACGGUAGCAGUAGCGGAGGACAGCACCACGACCCUCAAACACCCUACCCGGACAACGCUUCCGCAGAGGGGGUCAGCUUCGGCGUACGGACCGGCGGGGGAGGGGGCGGUGACGUUAGCCUUGGAGUGCGGACAGGUGGAGGAGGAGACGUGCGGUUCGAGGGAGCGGACAUGGGGCUAGCUUCCCCGGGUGCGAUGACGGCUGCCUCGGGGCAAGGCGAUCUAGGCGAGGCUCGGGCGGGUGGAGGAGGAUGGGAGGGAGGAGCGGCCGCGGGGGCGACGCACGAGGACGAGGGCGGGGGGAUACGGGUGGGGGAUAGGGAGGGGGGGGGCGAGGUAGAAGGGGACCCGUUCAUGAUGGAGCAGGAGUUGGGGUGGCCGGAGUACCCGUGGUGGCCCGUCCUGGCUGAUGCCAUCGAGACUGCGUUGAGGUCGAUGACCCUUGAAGAGCUCAACAGCCGGAUGUCGAUGCACUAUCUCCCGGACGAGCCGUUCAUCGAGGAGCUGGAGGGUAAGGACGGUAUGGAGUUCCCGCCCCCUGCGGAGCCCCCCCUUGAGGACGAGGCUGUAAUCCCGGCCAGAGUCAUCGAUGAGCUGAUCGAUGCAUCGGACGAAGCGGUCUUGGCCAGCCUUAACGAGAUGGAAGGUAUCCCCAAGCCGGACAGGGAUGCUCUCGACUCGGCCCGGUGGAUGGCCUAUGAUGCAGCAAACGAGUACCUGGCGGAACGGCGGUCGAAGAGGGCACCGAGGAGGCCGCAGGACCCCCCCGCCCCCAGCGGAAAGUUACUGCACCUCUUUGAAGGCUUCCAGCACUUCCGGUCGAUGGAUGACGCGGUCCUUGAGGUAACCUCGGCUGUGCUGGGGCAAGACGGGGCCUGCUUGCCCGGGCGGGAGCCAAACCCAGACCUGAUCGAGACGCUGCCGUUGGACAGCCGGCCGGAGGACUGGCUCUUCCACGAAGACGACCUGUACUACGUAAAGUGCAGGGUGGCCGAGGGCAUCUUGGAGGAGCUAGUGGAGGACACCGUGCAGGAGUGCAAGCGGGUUUACUCGUUGAGGGAGGGGGCCAGGGAGCGGUGGCUGGCCACGGGAGAGGUGGCAUGAGUGAGUAGGUUGGGCUACUUCGAGGCGGUAUCUGAUUGGGUGGGAUGAUGCCACUGCUGGGUGGGUCGAACAACCCGUCCUUUAAACUGCGUGCCCCCUGAUCAGGAUGAUAAGAGAGAUUUCGACACACGGAUGAUUGCGCAGUUUAGCUGGUAGGCCUCGGACCAAUGGUUGGCUUUUUUGGCUAAGAGAUACAGUAAGUACUAGAACUGGGGAACAAUAAGUAGGUCAAGUGGUUGGUGAUGUGCUUGUUAUUGCAUGUCGUGUUUAAUUUGUUUUGUGUUCUGUUUGCCCUUUAAGUGUGACGACGUCGAGGACACCACCAGUCUCGGAACACUCAUGCGUGCGAUGUACACCAUAGGCUUUGGGUGGGUAGAGUGGUUUGGAGGAUUAUUUUGUGCUGGACUGUGGAACAGUGGGACAGAGUCUUUGAAAGUAUGAUGCCUUCGGGUCUUUGCAGUCUGACUUUCUCUCUUUCUCUCUCAGGCGACUCCGUACCUUGUUUUAUUGUGUCUGAUACCAGAUAUUCCCGUUUAUAUGUCCCGCUGGGUUGGCUGAAGGGGGGUUCAGUGGUGAACGUCAUGAAAGCCUCGCCGCAUGAGGGGCUGUAGUGCGAUGAAAUUGUUUUCCAAGUUUGAGGGCGUUAAUAAAAGCAUCUUUGAGGUUGUAAAAGAAACAGCCGUCGGUCCGUCUCGACAAAUACUGUUUUUUGGGGAUUUCUGUUUGUUUUUUGUUUGGCCGCCAAAAGAGUGUUAAACGUCGUGUUUAUUUAAUUCUUUUUCCUUUACCAGUGUUUGGCCGUGUCGGGUGUCCUUUCGAUAUUUCUGAAUUGUACAUACCAUCGAAACGUUGAUUGCUUUCGCCCUCUGUUUAUUUGGUCUUUGCAGCGAGCGGUGCGGGCUUGAUUCUGCUACGAGGAUUGUUGAUUCGAGAAUCUGCCUAUUGAUACCGUCCCUGAGUUCACAUAGCGGAAGAAAGGAAACUGGGAAACCCGAGACUUGCAGAAGUACAUCCAUCGCGUCGACUGCUGUAGGUACUCCACAACGGCUGGCACGGCAUGCAUGUCCAUGUCAAUGUAGAGUGCGCCAGGGCGCAUUGAAAUCAGUCGUAUCAAGGACGUUACUGGGCACGUACCGAACCGGAGUAGGGAACGCGCCAAUUUCCAACGGUUGUCGGCUUGUGCUGUCGGGCGGAUGCGGAGACUGGACUAAAUUUACAGUAUUAUUGCGGGAAGUGACGCAAGAUACCACAUCCCCUGG